AUGUCGUUAUUCAGAGGUCUCUCACGAGUGAAUAUUGCCAGAGCAACACGAAGUUUCCAUACCCCUCCUGCGGAUGAGGGUAUCAUACGAGGUCUUAACAAGGUACUCCUCAUUGGGAGAGUGUCUAGCGAUCCAAUCCAAUCGGUGGGGAAAAAUGGUGCUCCGCGAGUAAUGUACGAUGUGGUCACUUACAAUCCAAAAAGAUAUCCGUCAUUUCACAAUAUCGUAUGUUGGCAACCAGCACAGAUACCGGCAAUAAUGGAGAAGUUCAAACGAGGAUUACUUGUCUAUGUAGAAGGAAAACUUAUUAGUAGACAAGUCGUCGAUGAAAGGAGCGAAAGGAAAGUGAUUACGCACGUCGUCCAAGACGGCUUCCAAAUCUUGGCUCCAGAGAAACCUUUAGAGGAGAGACCAACUACUAAUACAGAAAUUCCUGCUACAGAAUCAACUACAGAGUCUUCGGAGGAGGCGGAACCUGCUCGUUAUCAAUGA